GGCACGUCGACGCAUUUGUACGCGCGACGGGAUUGUCGGUGUUGUCCGUUCCCCAAUAUAACAAGAGGGUGGUGGAAAAAAAAAAAAAAAAAAAAAAAAGAGGAGUCGCACGCGUGUAGAGCCGUACAGCUGAGCCGCGGAGGAGGAGGGAAAGAGAGACGAAACCAGCCGGCAGCCGGGAGUGGUAUAGCAGUGCACGGAUAGUAUCUUAGCAGCAGUCGUUGUCGGCGGCGGCGCGACGGCCAACGGCGACCUGAAAACCUUACGCAAUCGAUCGCGUCGUCGGGACGCUCUGUGCCCUCCAUCAGCUAUAUAUAUAUAGAGUGUGUGUUGUGUGUUUGUUCGCGUACACGCGCCCGAGUGUUGUUGUCAUCGAUUUUUUUUUUUUUUUUGGACGGAAAAGAAGGAAAGAAAAGACAAAAAUCUCUGGCUUUGGAGAAUUUUCCGGAGAGGGAGGAAAAGAUGAAGUCGAAAAAGCAAGCGAGCGAGAACCUCAUAGCCAGUGAAAAAAAUGGCCUAAAAGCCGAGCCGAAGGACUCGAAGGACCCAAAGCCGGUGAAAAAGGGAAAGACGUUCUGCCAGGCUUGCAAGAAGAAGUGCAGCGGCGAGGUGCUACGAGUCCAGGACAAGUAUUUCCACAUAGGGUGCUUCAAGUGCGCCCAGUGCAACGCGAGCCUAGCGCAGGGUGGCUUUUUCGCACGUGACAACGCCUACUACUGCACCAAGGAUUACCGGGAAAGAUGGGGCACAAAGUGCGCCGGUUGCGGGGAGUACGUCGAGGGAGACGUCGUGACGGCGGGCGAGAGGCACGCCUUCCACCCGAACUGCUUCCACUGCCAGAGAUGCCGGCAGCCCCUCCUCGGCCAGGGGACCAAGGUCACCCUCGUACAAGGCCAAGCGCUGUGCCACAAGUGCGUGAGCAUACCGGUGAGGGAGGCCUCGACGCCGCUCGGCGGGCCCAGGGGUACGGCUGGUGCUGGGGGCGCGAGCCAGGAUCCGGGGGCUUGCGCCGGUUGCGGCCAACAGUUGCGCGAGGGCCAGGCGCUCGUGGCCCUUGACCGCCAGUGGCACGUUUGGUGCUUCAAGUGCCACAGCUGCGACACCGUCCUACACGGCGAGUACAUGGGAAAGGACGGCGUGCCUUACUGCGAGAAGGACUACCAAAAACAGUUUGGCGUAAAGUGCGCCUACUGCAACCGCUACAUAAGCGGCAAGGUGCUACAAGCCGGCGACAACCAUCACUUCCAUCCGACUUGCGCUCGUUGCACCAAAUGCGGCGACCCCUUCGGCGACGGCGAGGAAAUGUUCCUCCAGGGCGCGGCCAUUUGGCACCCGAGAUGCGGCCCCGGGCCCACGGGCCAAAAUGGCAUCGUCAAUGGCCACUCGGAGGGACACACGCCCCAACAUCGCGCCCCUGCCGGCGACUCUGAGCGCAUUUCCAGCAGCGCCUCGGAGAUGCAGUUUUCGUUGAGGUCACGCACGCCGAGUCUAAAUGGAUCCAUAUGCAGCCCCUACAGCAGCCUAAGUCGCAAGUAUUACCCAGCAAGAACCGGCAGCCCAGGCCUCAUUCUACGCGAGUACGGCCGCGGCGGCCACGAGAACGUCUCGCGGAUCUACACGUACUCUUACCUCACCGAAACCCCGAGCCAGGGCUACCUGAGGCGCCCGAUCCAGCCUUACGACAAGCCACCCACCAGCCCGCACUUUCACCGGCCGAGCUCCUCGCGUUCGAUAAGAAGCAGCGGUGGCCGCAGCAGCCGCUCGGGCAUGCGAGCCCUGGUGGACGCGCUCGCCGAGACGAGGCCCAAGUCACCGGCCGCCGGCACCCAACCGGACAACGAGGAGCCCAUCGAGCUCGCCCACUACCCGGACGCCAUGAAGCCACCCCCCGGCACCCAACCGCCCAUCGAGCGCGACGACUUCCCGGCCCCGCCCUACCCCUACACCGACCCCGAGAGACGCAGGCGAUGGUCGGACACCUACAAGGGGGUACCGGACUCGGAGGAGGACGAGGACGAGGUUGAUCACAAGUCGAUCAAGGAGGUCGAGCAAAAGUUGAAGAAGGAGGAGGAGGAGCUGAGUAAGAUCGACACGGGGAUAGCCAAGGUGUUCCUACAGGAGCGCGAGAAGGACCGGGAGAACAUGCGGCACAGGGCUGCGAACGUUGACCCGCGCAACGCCUCGAGAACCCCGUCCGCGAACCGCGAGCCGGCCUACAGGCUCCGCUACGAGAGUCCCAUUGGUGCUUCUCCGUCGAGGAACAUGGACCACGCGAGGCCUUGGACCGAGGACGAGGACGGCACCAGUUACAAAUCCAGCGUGGGCCCGAACUACAACGCCGGUGGCAGGUCGGCGACGCGCUCCCCGGCACCGAGGAAUUACCCGCCCCUUGGCUCCCAGCGCGCCUUCACUCUGCCCAACUCCAGUAGGCACUAUUACUCGGGAGACUACUCGUUCAGCGGCAUGGGCGACAAGACGCACAGCACUGACUUUUCCUCCGGCAAAUCAGAUAUAUCGACAGGCAGCAUCACGGACGUGGACCGACGGGCACUGGUAUGUACAACAGCCCCGAACUACUCCCAGCAGCUUAGCAUGAAUGACGGUGUCGUCCUGCCUUCGUCGACGACCUACACGGGCGGCCUGGGCUCGGUAGCUGCGGGCCACGGCCACCACGUGAGGCGCUCCCUGCCGGACAUGGGCGCGGCCCCGACGGAGCCACCCAAGCUCUACCCCUAUCACCUGCUCAUCAUCACUAACUACAGACUGCCCGCGGAUGUGGACCGCUGCAACCUCGAGCGUCACUUGUCGGAUGCCGAGUUCGAGGCCGUGCUUCAUUGCACGCGCUCCGAGUUCUACCGGCUGCCCCAGUGGCGCCGCAACGAGAUCAAGAGGCGCGCCCGGCUGUUCUAAACAGCCACGGAGACAAAAAAGAUUCGAGUCAAGAGGGGACAUGGAAAUACAAGUGUACGCGGUCGUCGCGUUGGGAAGCCUAUACUUUGGCCGUUGAAUCUGUUCAAUUGGAUCCUCGCGUGCGUACGUGACAAUUGCGUAUUUGUGAAAGGACGUGUCGAUCGAUGGAUUUGUCGAGGAUCGCGGAUGACUUUUUUUUUUCGUUCCGGUCUAACGUCUGCGCGACGUUAUCGUUGCUAUUACCCUAUCACCAUUGUGGUAACGCUGAUUUAGAGCGAGCUGUUUCGACGAUUCCGCGAACUCGUCAAUCCCCAUUGCGGUGCGUUCGCAAGCUUUUAUUAUUAUCAUCACAACUACUACGCAAUGAUUUUUGGUGAGCCCGUCAAUGCGGAAUCUAACUUUUGAAUGGAUUGAAAGAGUUUGGACAUCGACUUUUCGCCUUUUAAAGAGCGAUUGAUUUAUUAUUACUAUUUUUACUAUUAUUAGCAUUAUUAUUACUAUCAUUUUUAAUGUUUUACUCUUUUUUUUUUUCUUUUUUUUUCUUAAAUUUUUUCGAGAGCUGGGCUUUGAAGUGUGGAUUUUAGAAUGUCAAGUACGAGAGACGCGUGUGACUGUGUGAAACUUUGCAUGACUGUUUUACAAAACAGAAUAAACUUUUGUACAUAAAAAAAAGAUUGCAUGCGAGGAAAGAAAAUAAGGGAAAAAUAAAAGUUAAAAGAGAAUAGGGACAUGGUUUAGCAAAGUAAAUGUUGCAGCUAUGAUGAAAAAAAAAAAAAAAAUCUAAAUGU